GAAAAAAGGUUAUUAUUAAGGGAAUAUAUAGUAUUUCUAGGAUGAAAUGUCAAAAUUAUAUGUUGUUUGUUUAUUUUUACCAAAUACAUUAAGCUUUGACUUGGAUGAAACAGAUUCUAUUAAACUUAAUCCACAAAGAUCAAAAUAUAAAAAAGAACCUAUUCCUCAUCUUAUAAAUAAGCUUGCAUCAUGUUCAGAGAGCUUCCAAGAUGCAAACAGUAAUAUAUCAUUAACUAAUGAUCAAGAAAGUCAAUUUUUUUAUUUAUUAAAAAAUGAAAAUAUUAUAGAAAAUGAGAAAAAAUUUAAUGAUGAAGAUGAAAUAUUUGAAGGUAGAAAGAAAGAACUAAAUCAACCGAAAUUUAAAUCUCGUGUUUCAUCUUUAUCAACAGUUAUAUCACAAAUACCAACGAAAGGAAAAAUAUCAUAUACGAUGCAAAAUUGUCCUUAUGUACCUAUUUUAACAUCAAGAAGACGCCGUUCAUCUUUUGAUGUUAAUUUAUUUUCAAAAGUGCCAUGGACAAUUGAAUCGAAUGACCAAAGUAAUGUUGGUCUUGGAAAUGCAAUUCGUGCAGCUGAUAAAUCUGGGAAUUUACAAGAACAUAUGUUUAUUGGAUUACUGGGAAUACCUACAGAUUCUCUAUCUAUUUUAAGAAAACAUGAAAUUGAACAAGAAUUUAUAACUAGAUGUCGAAGUAUUCCUAUUUUUGUUUCAGAUAAUGAAUUUGAUAAUCAUUAUAAUUAUUAUUGUAAACAGAUUCUUUGGCCUAUAUUUCAUUAUCAAAUACCAGAUAUUCCUAAAUUUAAAAUGUAUCAAGAUUAUUCUUGGAGUCAUUAUGUUACUUUGAAUCAAGCUUUUGCAAAUAAAAUUAUAGAAAAUUAUAAUGAUGGUGAUAUUAUUUGGAUUAAUGAUUAUCAUCUUCUUUUAGUUCCUCAAAUGAUACGUCAAAAGUUACAGUAUGCAAUGAUAGGAUUUUUCCUACAUAUAUCAUUUCCUUCAUAUGAAGUAUUUCGUUGUCUUUCUGUUAGAAAACAACUUUUGGAAGGGAUCUUGGGUGCUAAUGUUAUUGGGUUUCAAACUGAUGAAUAUGCGUAUCAUUUCCUUCAGACUUGUACCAAAUUACUUAACGUAAAAAUGUCAUCUCGAAAUAUACAAUUUGAAUCUUCAUUUAUCAACAUAUGUGAUCUUCCUAUUGGCAUUGAUCCUGAUAAUUUAGAGAAAAAGAAAACAUUGAGCUCUGUUAAGUUAUGGAUAUCAUUAUUAAAAGAGAGAUAUUCUGGGAAAUCUCUAAUUGUUGGACGAGAUAAAUUAGAUGAAAUUAAAGGAGUACGUCAAAAGCUACUUUCUUUUGAACAUUUUCUAAAUAAGCAUUCUGAAUGGAGAGAAAAGGUGGUUUUAAUUCAAGUUGCACUUCCUACUAGUGAAGAAAAUGAAAUACAGUCCCAAGUAUCAAAUAUUGUAUUAAGAAUUAAUUCUACAUAUGGAAAUUUAUCUCAUCAAUAUCAACCUGUAGUAUUUCUUAGACAAGAUAUCACUUUUUCUCAGUAUCUUGCACUUUUAACAGUUGCAGAUGCUUUUUUAGUUACUAGUCUAAGGGAAGGCAUGAAUCUUACAAGCCAUGAGUUUGUGUUUUGUCAGCGUGGAAACUAUAGUCCUUUAAUUAUAAGUGAGUUUGUUGGAAGUGCUGUUCGUUUUAAAGAUGCUGCAAUUACAAUAAAUCCAUGGAAUAUAAAUCAAGUUUCUAACGCUAUUUAUCAAGCUCUUACUAUGUCAACUAAAGAACGUUUAACACGCUGGAAGAAACUUUCAGACAUUAUUAUGAAUCAUGAUGCAGCACAUUGGGCUAUAAAUUUUAUUAAUGAAAUUAAAUGCAAUUCUUUUUCUCAGGAAAAAAAAGAUAGCAUGCUCUUAAAUUGAGUUGGGUCUUUUUGUACAAAAAUAUGGCGAUUUAAAAAUUUGUAUU